UGCUUAUGGCAAGCCUCACACCAACAUUAUGGAUAUUCCUGAGAUGUCAAAUGAUCAAGAAGAGGAUUCAACUGAGAUAACACCAAAUUUCUUCAGUGAUAUCCACAAGAGUGAAUUUGUCUCCGUUCCUAUCAACAUCAAGCAUGACAACGAGACUUAUGAUCAGAGUUCAUCUUUCAUUGACUAUAAUGAGAAUGGAUUUAAGAGCUCUCAAGAUCGUCAGAGAGAUUUUCUCUUUAAAAAUGAAGAUGUGAACCCAAGAAUUAUUGAUGAAGAAGCUAAGUGAAAUAUCAAGCUACAGCAGAAGAGAAGAAAUACCCUCAGCAGAGAUAGAGUACCUACAAGGAAAGGGCUUAGCAGAGCUAGAAGGAAAAGAAUCAAUAAUUUCGCUCCAUCAAAUAAGGGCUACCAACCUGUUGAGGCCUACGAACCUGUUAAAAUUUACGACUCAAAUUCAGGGAUUGGAAAUAUGUAUGCUUAAAUACCUAUGCACACAGACAUGAACAGCUUCUACCGUCCUAGGUAUAAUUGGUCUAC